GGCAGGGUCCGUGGAGUUCCGGUGGAGGCGGAGAAGAUGGCGGCUUCGGCGCGGGAAGAUGGCGCCCGAGGCCAAAAGCGAGGGCUGAGGGGCUGCGAGCACUACGACAGAGGGUGUCUCCUGAAGGCACCUUGCUGUGACAAACUUUAUACUUGUCGGUUGUGUCAUGAUAACAAUGAAGAUCAUCAGCUAGAUCGCUUUAAAGUAAAGGAAGUGCAGUGCAUAAACUGUGAAAAAAUUCAACAUGCCCAACAGUCCUGUGAAGAAUGUAGCACAUUGUUUGGGGAAUAUUAUUGCAGUAUAUGCCAUCUCUUUGACAAAGACAAGAAGCAGUAUCAUUGUGAAAACUGUGGAAUUUGUAGGAUUGGUCCAAAGGAAGAUUUUUUCCAUUGUUUGAAAUGUAACUUAUGCCUAGCUAUGAAUCUCCAAGGAAAGCACAAGUGUAUUGAAAAUGUUUCCCGGCAGAAUUGUCCAAUAUGUUUGGAGGACAUUCAUACAUCCCGUGUUGUUGCUCAUGUCUUGCCAUGUGGACAUCUUUUACAUAGAACAUGCUAUGAAGAAAUGUUGAAAGAAGGCUACAGAUGUCCCUUGUGUAUGCAUUCUGCUUUAGAUAUGACUAGAUACUGGAGACAGCUGGAUGAUGAGGUAGCACAGACUCCUAUGCCAUCAGAAUACCAGAACAUGACUGUGGAUAUUCUCUGCAAUGAUUGUAAUGGGAGAUCUACAGUCCAGUUCCAUAUAUUAGGCAUGAAAUGUAAUAUUUGUGAAUCCUACAAUACUGCUCAAGCUAAUAGAAUUUCACUAGAUCAGCAAUGACCAGCGUAUACUGCACUGGAAAACUCAGCAUUUUCUGAUCUAGAAAAAGGCUGUCUUUAGUAUUCAGUUGUUAUAAUGUGUCAGAAUCUAUGCAUUAGAGUUGAUGUGUUUUGUACUAGUAUCACAGCAUAAAAUCAUAUUACACGUACUUAAGGAUUCAGGGUCUCGUUAUAGAAUAUCAUAGCUUUAUGUUGGAUGAAAGCCACUGUGCUUGUUUAUUGAUUGGAAAUUCUCUUAGUGUCAGUUGUUUGGAAGCCAAUGAUGUUUGCCACUGAAAUUCACAUCCAUAGAAGUAUAUUCUGCUUCCAUGGAACUUUGCUUUAAGUGACACUAUGCACAAAGAGUUCAUUUCUAGUUCUUGAUAGAACUGCACUUGUUUCUCAGUAUUAUUCUUGACUUUUUAAGGGCUGUGCUAUAAUAAGAAUAUGUUCUUACUGUUGAAAUCUUAUGAUAUAUACCUUAGAAUUUUCUAAGACAGCCCUUUGGAUCCUGUAAAUGUGAAUUUUGAUGUAAUAACUGCUAAUAAAAUUAUAUUGAAACUUUUA